AUGGGGUUUAGAAUCUUCACGAAGUCGGCCGAUAUAGAGACGGAUGAGCGAUCUGAGGAGUUUAGCGUCAUCGAAGAUGGUGAUCUACAAUAUACUGCUGCCGGAGGCGUCAAUUCAGCUAAAGCUACCUAUCAAGAAGCCAGUGGUGCGCCGAUUGAGAUCAAGUCUCCUCUGGGGUACUCUGUAGGUGCGAUAUCGGUGAUAGGCUUGAACUUGAACCAGAUGAUUGGCACCGGUGUCUUUUCAACUCCGGCUACGGUGCUCUCUGGAGCCGGAUCGGUGGGCCUCGCUUUGUUCUACUGGGUGAUUGGCUUUUUCAUGGCCGGUAGUAUGCUCGGCGUUUACCUCGAGUUUCUAUCAUACUUUCCGAGUCGAUCUGGCUCCGAGGUGGUGUAUCUCGAACAGUCUUACCCACGACCCAAGUACUUCUUCCCUACUGUUUUUGCCAUGCAAACUGUUUUAUUCUCGUUUGCCAGCAGUAACGCCGUUGUGCUGGCGAACUAUCUCUUCAAGCUUGCCAACGUGGACUCGACGGCAUGGAUGCAGAAAGGCGUUGCAGUAGCUGCGUAUACUGUUGCCGUCUUGUUGCUAGCCUUUGAUACGAAAUGGUCACUUCGGCUAACAAACGCCAUUGGAUUCGUCAAGACCAUAACAUUGAUACUCAUCGGCAUCACAGGGCUUGUAGUCCUUGGUGGCCACACGUCCGUGAGGGAUCCCACCGUCAAUUUCCGGGAUGCCUUCUCUGGAACCUCCGAGGCAACAGUUUAUGGCGCGACGAACGCGCUGGUCAAGGUCAUGUUCUCUUAUGCUGGGUACAGUAAUGCAUGCAAUGUGGCGAAUGAAGUCAAGAACCCCACCAAAACCCUCAAAUGGAGCGCUCCAGCAUCACUGCUUCUAGUCGCCGUUCUGUACAUUCUUGCAAAUAUAGCGUACUUUUCUGCCGCCAGCAAGGAAGAGAUACUCAAUUCGAGCACGGUUGCCGCGGGUUUGUUCUUUGAGAAAGUUUUUGGAUCGUCUGGUGCAUCGCGAGCUCUUAACGUCCUGAUUUGUCUCAGUGCCUUGGGAAAUCUGCUAGCUGUGUUGAUCGGGCAGUCUCGCAUGCUCAGAGAAUGUGGAAGACAAGGUGUUCUCCCAUUCACCACAUUCUGGACCUCGACGCGCCCGUUUGGCACGCCCCUUGGCCCGUACUUCCUCAAAUGGGCUCUGACUGUCAUCAUGAUUCUUGCCCCACCUGCGGGUGAUGCCUUCAACUUCGUGGUCGACUUGGCCAUAUACCCCAGCAAUGCGUUCAAUCUCCUCCUCGCAGUCGGGCUUCUGCUCACGCGGCGUCGCCGGCAGCGUCUCAACAUCCCCUCGUCCGGCUACCGGGCGUGGACGGCGACCGUCUGCUUCGCGAUCCUCUCCAGUCUGUAUAUGCUCGUAGCACCAUGGUACCCUCCUUCGACCGGGGCAGACGGCGGUGACGUGAGCUUCUGGUACGGGACAUACUGUGUUGUUGGUCUCGCAAUUGUCGGCUCAUGCGGAGUGUACUAUCACAUUUGGAUCAAGGUGCUCCCGCAACUAGGCCGGUACGAGUUCCGCCAGACGCAGAUUCAGGUCGAGCAGAACGCGACAGCCAACAAGCUGGUCAAGGUGCCGCUCGACCGGCUCGAGGAGUGGGAUCGGGAGCAUGAUGCGCUUGGGCGGGUGCGGCGGCGGGCCAGGACGGGGGAGAUUGUGUAUGAGACUAAGGGGGAUGCAUUUGAGUCUUAG